AUGCCGUCAAGCGCGUCGAUGUACGUCAAGCAGCCCAGCGCCUUCGACGAGAAGCUCAGACAGUACCACCGUUUAAACCCCGACGACGACACAGUGUCCUUCUUGCAAUCAGUCUACAAGUACCUCCCUGAUGAUGGCCGCGUCAAUCUCGUAGCAAAUGUCUUAGGGUGCAACACUGAUACUGCCACCAAACAGCUCACUAACAACAUUGACUAUGGCUUGCUACGGCCUAUGCAAGCAGUAGCAGGAAAGACCCCUAGCAAUUUUGUUUGCCAGCCACAUCCGCGGUAUAAUGAGCACAAAUAA